CUGAACUGUCAUGGCAGCCCGCUUACAUGGUAAAAUAAACGGGUAACAAGCAUUUACAGGCAGCAUUGGUGUUUUGUGAAUAGAAGAACUGUUUCUGCUCAGCAGAACUUAUUGAUACAACGUCACUAGCUGUACCUGAGGAAGUGGCAGCGUUUCAACAUGAGGACUGUUUUAAUGGUGGCAGAGAAACCCUCCCUGGCUCAGUCCAUCUCCAAAAUCCUCUCUAAAGGAAGUUGUACGAGUCGCAAGGGGCUCAAUGGAGCAUGCUCAGUGCACGAAUACACCGGCAGCUUCCAGGGCCAGAGUGUACGCUUCAAGAUGACUUCUGUUUGUGGACAUGUGAUGAGUCUGGAUUUCAUCGGAAAGUACAACAAUUGGGACCAGGUGGACCCUGCAGAACUCUUCAGCACAGCUCCAGCAGAAAAGAAGGAGGCCAACCCUAAACUCAACAUGGUCAAGUUCCUUCAGGUUGAAGGUAGAGGCUGUGACUACGUGGUUUUAUGGCUGGACUGUGAUAAAGAAGGCGAGAACAUCUGUUUUGAGGUACUGGAUGCCAUCAAGCCAGUGAUGAACAAGGGGAGUUCCAUGGAUCAGAGUGUUUACCGCGCCAAAUUCAGCUCCAUUACCGAUACUGACAUCUGGAAUGCCAUGAACUGCCUCGGAGAGCCCAACCGCAACGAGGCGCUGUCAGUGGAUGCUCGACAGGAGCUGGACCUGCGCAUUGGCUGUGCAUUCACCCGGUUCCAGACCAAGUAUUUUCAGGGCAAAUACGGUAAUCUAGACUCUUCCUUGAUCUCAUUUGGACCAUGCCAGACCCCCACCCUUGGCUUCUGUGUGGAACGCCAUGACAAGAUCCAGUCCUUUAGACCAGAGAAUUACUGGAUCCUCCAGGCAAAGGUGUUCAAAGGAAAGGAUAACCCACUGAUGCUGGACUGGAACAGGGUGAGGGUCUUCGACAGGGAGGUUGGUCAGAUGUUUGUCAAUCUGGCUAAGACAUCGAGGGAGGCCAAGGUGGAGUCUGUGAGUAAGAAAGAGAAGGCCAAGCAGAGACCCCAGGCUUUGAACACAGUGGAGAUGUUGCGAGUGGCCAGCUCUUCUUUAGGCAUGGGUCCCCAGCAUACCAUGCAGAUUGCGGAGCGACUGUAUACACAGGGCUACAUCAGCUACCCACGUACUGAGACCACCCACUACCCAGAGAACUUUGAUCUGAAAGGAACACUGAAGCAGCAGACCAACAAUCCCUUUUGGGCAGAAGAGGUGAAGGCUCUGCUGUCGACUGGACUGAACCGACCAAGGAAAGGAUCUGAUGCUGGAGACCAUCCACCCAUCACUCCGAUGCGUGCUGCCUCCGAGGGGGAACUGGGCAGUGAUGGCUGGCGGCUGUACGAGUACAUCACACGGCAUUUCAUUGCCACAAUCAGUCAGGACUGCAAGUACCUACAGACCACAAUAUACUUCAGCAUUGGCCCAGAGGCCUUCUCAUGUACUGGCAAAACCCUGAUCUCACCAGGUUACACAACAGUGAUGCCUUGGCUGGGCAUCCCACUAGAAGAGAACUUGCCAGAAUGUGAGCGUGGAGACACUUUCACAGUAGAUGAGAUCAAGCUGGUGGAAAAGCAGACCAGCCCCCCGGAAUAUCUGACUGAGGCCGAACUCAUCACACUCAUGGAGAAACAUGGCGUUGGUACUGAUGCUAGCAUCCCUGUCCACAUCAACAACAUCUGCCAGAGGAACUAUGUCACAAUAGAGAAUGGACGCAAGUUGAAGCCAACAAACUUGGGCAUUGUCCUGGUUCAUGGCUACUACAAGAUAGAUGCAGAGCUGGUUUUACCCACUAUACGCAGCGCAGUAGAGAAGCAACUGAACCUUAUUGCACAAGGUAAAGCAGACUUCCGACAGGUCCUUCAGCAUACGCUGGAUAUCUUCAAGAGGAAGUUUCACUACUUUGUGGAUUCAAUCACUGGUAUGGAUGAGUUGAUGGAGGUCUCCUUUUCUCCCAUUGCUGCCUCAGGGAAGCCACUGGCCCGCUGUGGCAAGUGCCACCGCUUCAUGAAGUACAUCCAGGCCAAGCCCAGCAGGCUCCACUGUUCCCACUGUGAUGAGACAUACAGUCUUCCACAGAAUGGAGCCAUCAAGCUGUACAAGGAGCUCCGCUGUCCACUGGAUGACUUUGAGCUGGUGCUGUGGACCUCUGGGGCCCGGGGCAAGAGCUACCCACUAUGCCCUUACUGCUACAGCAACCCGCCUUUCAGGGACAUGAAAAAAGGUAUGGGAUGUAAUGAAUGUACUCAUCCAUCCUGUCAGCACUCUCUCAACUCUUUGGGCAUUGGACAGUGUGUGGAGUGUGAUACUGGGGUUUUGGUGCUGGAUACCACCUCGGGACCAAAAUGGAGGAUGGCCUGUAAUAAAUGCAACGUGGUGGUCCACUUCUUUGAACAUGCACACAGAGUGCAGGUUGCUCAGGAGAGCUGUGAUGCCUGUGAGGCCUCUUUGGUCGCAGUUGACUUCAACAAGACUCGCACUCCACUUCCUGCCGGUGAGACCCAACACACAGGCUGCGUUUUCUGCGAUCCAGUUUUCCAGGAUCUGGUGGAGCUCAAACAUGCCACCAUGAGAUACCGGGGUGGUGGUGCGAGAAGAGGAGGACGAGGACGAGGCCGGGGACGCCGUGGCAAUCCCAAAAAACCUAAGGACAAAAUGGCUGCCUUGGCUGCUUACUUUGUAUGAUGUCAAUAUGUAGUGUGUCCUUUAUUUGCUUGGCACAGUAUGAAAGAGUACAUGCCAGUAAAUAGAGCUAUUUUUUCACUGUUUCACAAGUUUAAUUACAAUGAAGUAAACUGUACAUUCAAAAGUU